UUAUAAACAAUGCAUCAACUUGCAUAAUGUUGUACAAUGCAUGUGUACACAAUACAUUUAUUUGUGCAAUAAUAGUAACUGUUGAGAUUAAUUUUUUUAGGUGAACAUAGGGUAUCGUGGAAGUUCCAGGAACACAGUUUUAAAUGGACAUGAGAAGUUGGCAUGUCGUGCCUUAGUCAUGAAACAAUACAGAACAGCUGUAAACCACAUGUUUGAGUUAGAUGUUAAGAAAGAAAUUGGCAUUGUGAUCAAAAAGAAAAUAAAUAAGGAAAUAACUGAGGUAAUCAAGAACAAAGACUCUUUAUUAAGGUCAACAAAUCUCUCUUCGUUUUCAUGGAAAUCAGCUUACAAGCAACUAGAAAAUAAAUGUCCUUUGACAAUGGACUUACUUCAGACAAUAUGUGUAGAGAAGAAAAAAAAUGAACCCAGACUUGUUACCAGCAUGGCCGUCCUUCUGUUUACCAGAAAUCAGCAAAUGAACACUAUUCAUUCUAUAAACAGUGUGUUAAUGUUCCGAGGACAUGUUAGAACAAAGGUUUAUACCACCUUUAACCAGCAGGACUUAGUAGUUCCUACAAGUCCACACUGAAUACAAUUGAUAAGCUAUGUGAGAAAUUUGAUGAGCCUGUGAAGAGAUGGACAGAACAACUCAGCAGUAAAACAAUAGAUCAGAACACUUCAUUAGGUGAUCAUACAUAUGCAGCAACCAGUGAUGAAUGUAAUGUAGAGAACAUUGCCACAGAUGAUAACAUUCUACUCAUCCAAUGUCCACCAGUAAUGUACAUAGCAGAACCUAUAACAGAUACCACUUCAGAUUUUUCCUCAGUAGAUACAUGUAAAGAGACAGUUCCAACUACAGACUCUCCUAUGGAAAAGCUGUACGACUUUGUGGAUAAUGGUACAUCUGUUCCACCUAGAACUCCUUUAAGUAGCAUAGGAAACCACACAACUUAUUACACACCAAUGCAACCAUCAGUACCAUGUGAAGAAGAUUCUCCAUUUACAACUAAGUCGUCAGCUGCAAUUCAGGAAACCGGUUCUUUCCAAAUUAUUAUGGACAAUUUGAAUAUGAACCAAAAGACUAGACACAAGACUGGAGAUACCAGCAACAAAGUUCACAACUUGGUCCACUCAAUGGCAGUUAAUGAUAGAGCAACACCAACUGACCCGUUAGAUGAGAUUCACCCUCAAGCUGACAUUCUAUCAUUAUCUAAUGACUUGUUCAUUCCAAGUGACAAUGACAUACACCAACUGAAUGAAGAUUUCAAAGUUUUGAUACAAAGAGCUUUAGUGGACAACAUCCCAGGACUAUCUGUGUACAGACAAGUUGUGCAGUACCACAUCUUACAUGAGUUUUCACAACAGGCUGAAAAGAAGAGCACAGUUAUACCUUUAGGAAUUCUUGAGAAGGAUGAAAACAUCACGGAACAAAUGAUCGAUGUAAUUACACAUUUACAACAGUAUGUGCCAAAGAGGGACAAGCAAUUAAAGCCAUUGUUGUUAGGUGGCGAUGCCUUAAGUGUUGAGAGGGGUGAAUCUGCACAGAAAGCCAGAAUUGAUGCAGUGACAUGUGAAGACAGAUUAGAUGGCUUUAUAUGGAAAAGCGAAGAUUGGCAUGGCCAUGUUAUAUCACUACAGGAUACAUUUAACCUCCAUUUCAAGGGAUCAUCAUCUGGUGAAAUGGGAACAUAGUUCCAACUGAAAAACAAGUUUGAUAGAAGAGGUGUUAAAUCAGAGGUGAAAGAUGCAGUAAAUGACUGUCGAGAAUUCUUAAGAUUUGUGACAAGAGGCUAUAUAAUUCUUGGAGCCAUGCAGUUGUUAGGAUUUGAUUCGUUAGACAAAUUUAAAGACCUUAAUCAUACUUGCGACACUCAAAAGAAGGAAUUCUUGGAAAAACUUUCCCAAGAUAUUGUAGACCAGUACAUAACUACAGAAAAAUUUGAUUUAGACACACUUAAAGAAACCAAUACACGAGAAGAAGGAAGAUAUGUGUGUGGAUAUCCUGGCUGCAAGAAAAUUUUCGCUGUAGAUGGGAAAUGUAGGUCAAAGCAAAGGUUUCGAUGUCAUUAUAAAGACUUCGAAGGUGUUCUACAGCCAGAUAAUGAUACUGACCAACAUGUCCAAAGCACCUUUGAGGUUGAAGAAAAGAAGGAAGAUUUUAAACACAAUUACAGCUGCAGUUUGUUAAGGGAUGGUCUAUUUGACUGGUGUAGAGAAGAUGCUGCGAGAGAAAAUGAUGGUGAACGUUUAGUUAGAAUGUGGCGAUUUGACAUUUUAAAAUUCGCUUUAAACAAUCAUGUUAAAUACAAACUACUAGCUUUUAAAUUACAUGCCCAGCUUUUGGCAAUACUGCCUCCAAAACAAGCCUUUCAACUGAAAAACAACCAAAGUGUCAAUAUACAUGGUGGAAAGGGAGCUAACGUUCCAGGAGACCUUGCUCUUGAGUUUAUGAAUAUGAGGGCAAAAGAUGCUUUAAACUCUCUCAGAGGCAACCUGACCGGUUCAUCAAUUGAAAGGUGCGGGAGAAGUCUCCAAGGCUGCAAUGACAUCAUUGAUUCCUAUACAACAGGAUUAAACCAAUUUUUUGGAAAGCCUUCGAACAACAAGCCAUCAAUCCAGAAAGAUAUUGACAUUCUUGUAAAACAUUUACAACCAGAAGAACUUUUUCAAGUCAUUCCAGGAAGAUGUCACCGCACAUUUAACUGUAUGAACUCAAUUUGCCUAACCAAGUUGGAUGGACAAAAAUUAAACUCUUGGCUCACCAGCAAAAAAGAAGAAUUUUCAAAGACACAAAGACUACGGUCUUAUUUACUUUGAUUACAAAUUCAGUGCUUUGAUGUAUAAAUAGUAUUAUGGUGCUACAUAUUUUACUGUACAUAUUUUAUUAUUUUUUCAUAUUUUAUUGGAAAAGCAAUGAAUUCAAAGGUUUGAAUUUAAAAUUUUGUUCUGGUUCUAUUACAAUAUGUUUGCUUUUGAAUACAUGUACAUGCUACACAAAUUUUCUAUUCAUUUUAAUAGUGCUUUUAAUGUAUUGAUGUGUCCUGCUUUUGUGUUUAAGUUGAUGUGUGCUACUUGUUUAUAAUGAUGUGUGCUGCUAUUGUUUGUACAUAUGUGUUUUUUGUGCUUUUAAUGUAUUGAUGUGUCCUGCUUUUGUGUUUUAGUUGAAGUGUGCUACUUGUUUCUAUUGAUGCGAGCUGCUUGAGUUUGACAUAUUUGCUGUUUCUGUUUGUAUUAUUUUAUGUGCAGCUUUUUUGUACAUAUUUAAGUGUGCUGUAUCUGUUUGUAUUGAUGUGUGCUAUGUAUAUAUUGAUGUGUGCUGCUUUUGUUUGAACAUAUUGAUGUGUGCUGUUUCUGUUUGUACAUAUUGACGUGCGCUGAGUCUGGAUGUAUUGAUGUGUGCUGUUUCUGUUUGUACAUAUUGACGUGUGCUGAGUCUGUUUGUAUUGAUGUGUGCUACUUGUUUAUAUUGAUGUGUGCUUCUUUUUUAUAUUUAUGUGUGCUUGUUUAUAUUUAUGUGUGCUUCUUGUUUAUAUUGAUGUGUUCUGCUUUUGUUUUUCUUAACAUUUAUAUCAUGUAUAUGUUCCCCUUAAAAGAUGGAAAUAUUACGAUGAAUUCUGAUAGGUUGUAAGUUGUAGCUACUAAUGUAUUUUUUUUCCCCAUCUAAUUGUUACAUUGGCACUGAAUUCUGGAAUGCUUAGCUUGUUUCUAAAAAAUAAUUAUUAUUUGAAUAGAAAUUUAAAUCAUGAAUUCGAUGGCAUGUUUAAUAUUAAGUGAUACAUUUGAAUUCUUUGUUUAGAUUUAGUAUCUAAUACUUUUUUUUUUGACUGGAUAAUGGUUACUUUACAUGGUUAUAUUUUUUAUAAUGUUAAAUUUGAGGCAAUCAACAGGUUACCCUUUAAUAAAUUAUUAUCUUAUCUUAAUAGUCUUUGUGUUUGUAUAUAUAACUUUUGUAUUUUAGAAAUUUUGUAAAGGCCUUUCCAUUAUAGAAAAAUCCUUUUAAAUAUAAAUAUUGAACCAGUUGCCUCCCAAGAUAUAUACAUGUGUAUUGAUUACACAUACAAAACCUUGUACAUGUAUGUGCUUAGUUUUAUUUAUGAUAUAUUUCUUUUUAUUUUGAUCUAAUCAGAUCUGAAAUAAAAAUUCAAUACAACUUCCAA